UAACAGCGCAGUACGCUUUUUGGCAACGGACCGCUUUCGGACAAGGCAAGGAUCAGGGGGAAUAAGGAAGAGAAAGAGACAGGGACAUGGCUGAAAGGCACGACGGAGGAGGAGGAGGCGGAGGAGGGAAGGGAGGAAAGAUCCUCAGCAUGACCGUGAAGCGGGCUCGCCGAGUUCAGGAAAAGAUGAUGCAGAAACUAGGCAAGUCGGACCAAACAAGAGACGAUGUUUUCGAGGAAUUCGUAAACAACUUUAACAAACAGAACGCAUGUGCAGUAAAGCUGCAGAAAGAGAUGAUGAAGUACAUGAACAGUAUCAGAGUUCUCUAUCAGAACACCAAGUCCAUGUCAGAGACUGUGCGAGAACUGUACGAAGACGACUGGGAGGGAUGUGAGAAACAACGAGAGCUGAUGGAGCAACGUAUUCUCUUGUGGGAGGACCUACUCACUUCGCUCAGUUCUAGAACGGUGGAGCCGAUGAGUAACUACAUUUCUCGAUUCUCGGACGUGAAGAUCCGAAUCCAGAAGAGGGAGAGGAAGAUGGUGGAUUUCGACCUCCGAAGGCGGGAGCUGGAACAUGCCAAAUCGAAAGCGAAAGUCAGGGACCAGAAAGUUCAGCAGGCGGAAGAGACACACACUCAAGCAAAGCAACUCUUUGACGAGAUUACUGACGAACUAUACGAGGAACUACCUACUUUAUAUGAUAGUCGAAUCCAAUUCUAUGCUCAGAUAUUCCAGAGCAUAGCAGCUGCAGAAGCCAGGUUCCACGCCGAAAUAACUAAGAUUGAUGAGGAUCUAGCUCGAGUCAUGGAUGGGCUGGCAGCUGAAGCAGCCACUGGCAUUCACUCCACUAAAAAACAGAGAAACACCCUGUCCAAUACUCCGAAGCUCAUGUCUCGACCGGUGGAAGAAGACAGCGACGAUGAUUCGGAAGGAACUGAAAGCCACACAACCUCCCGUUCUCCGUCUCUCAAGCAGUCGCAUCUCUCUCCCACUCCUUCUGAACCCAACCAAAAUAGCAUCGGUGAAGGCAAGUGAAGCC